UGUCCACCUUGUAGGUGUAGUAUUCAUGAUCCUGCGACUCAACGUGUAGCGGCAUUUUGUCGAUACAAAAGUGGGCAGAAGUUGUCAAAAAUCCCGAUGAAUUUUCCAUCAGAUCUCAUUGUUUUAAUAAUGACUUCGCAACAAGUCCGUGAGUUAGACACAACUUCCCUGAAAAAUUACUCCAAUCUAGAGAAGUUGUAUUUGGAUGGAAAUAAUCUCAAAACGAUACGAGCGGGAGCGUUCUCUAAGCAGCAACAUCUAACUUUGCUUUACCUCAAAGAUAAUAAACUUGGCAACAUCAGUGCAGAAACGUUUCGAGGACUUGGGUCUUUAACAAGCCUCCAGUUGCGCCAAAACAAGCUUCAGAAGAUUUAUCGAGGAGGUUUCUCCUUCAUGCCAAUGAUAGAGGACAUAGACCUUAGUUUCAACGAAAUAAGCGACUUAGAGGAAGGUGCUUUUGAUAGGUUGGAUCACUUGAAAACUCUUUUAUUAAACAGAAAUAAACUAAAAAGAAUACAUAGCAGCACUUUGGGGAACCUGAUGUCUCUAACGCGACUUGAGCUGGCUUCGAAUCAGAUCCAAGCAAUCGAAGAAGGUGUUUUCAGCUGUUCGCCCCUUGUGAAGACACUUGUUCUCAAGGCUAACAAGUUACAUGGAAUUCCCAAAGAAAUUUUUUUGGAUCUACAGUUUUUAGAUCACCUUGAUAUGAGCCAAAAUCCAGUAUAUUAUAUUGAGUCGGAUGCUUUAAUGGGCCUACGAAGUUUAAAGACGAUAAAAUUAAACGACUGCAACAUUUCCGGGAUUCAAAACAACACUUUCUCUCCGCUUGAAAACAUCAUCACUAUUCACCUUGAAAACAACCCACUGAAAUGCGACUGUCAUUUGAGCUGGAUCCUUAGCUGGUUGUCAAGAAAGCCAGAAGGUACGCUAAAAGGAGCUGUUUGUCGAACCCCACUAAACAUUUCAGGUCAAAACUUGUUAUCAGCCAACUUGAGGUCAUUUGUUUGCACAUGCGCAGAUUGCAACAAAGAAGUCGCUUGCAGAGUACCAUCGGCCAAUUGUUCCUGUACCCAAAACCUAACGGGACUAUCAUGUAAUGAUAUCUGUCAAUCACAUACCCAACCAGUGACUUGGUGCAGAAAACAAGAUGGAAACUGCUCUCGCAAGAGUAGUGCUGUUUCCCAGGAAACGGGCAAGACUUCAAACUGCUCGUUUAACGUAACUUCAGAAAAAUGCACCGAGCAUGGUGAAGUAGCGAAAAAAGGAGCUCAUUUAGAGUGUGUCUGUCAAAAAGGAUUCACUGGAAACGGAAUCAUCUGCACUGACAUCAACGAAUGUAAAACUGGAAUAGCAUGUCUUUUUGAACAUCAGGUGUGUAUCAAUACAAUGGGCUCAUAUCGCUGCCAAUGUAGUCAAGGUUUUAGGUACAUGAUACCUGGAAGAAUAAGUCCCUGUGAAGAUAUUGAUGAGUGCAAGGAAAAUAAACCAUGUGAUCUUCACGCCAAAUGCCAUAACAUUAAAGGU